ACACAAACGUGCACCUGAGUAUAAUUCCAUGAGGUGCCUGUAAAUAAAUGCAAAUCUAAAGAACAUUAAUUAUACAACUUAAAUCUUGCUUUGGGUCAAAAAGCAGACACAAUGGGUGCUGGACCAGUCUUAUCAGGUCUGCUAAUACUAAUAGCCACGGCACAAACUCUGACAACUGUUGGAUCAACAACAACUGGUGGGUCUACAACAACUGGAGGUUCCACAACUACUGGUGCAUCAACAACAACUGGAGGUUCCACAACAACUGGUGCUUCAACUACAACCGGUGCAUCAACGACAACUGGAGGUUCAACAACUGGUGCAUCAACUACAACUGUUGCAUCAACUACAACUGGUGCAUCUACUACAACUGGUGCAUCUACUACAACUAGUGGAUCAACCACAACUGGAGCAUCAACUACAACUGGAGGUUCAACAACAACUGGUGGAUCCACAACAACUGGAGGUUCAACAACAACUGGUGGAUCAACUACAACUGGAGGGUCAACAACAACUGCUGAAUCCACAACAACUGGAGGUUCAACAACAACUGGUGGAUCAACUACAACUGGAGGGUCAACAACAAUUGGUGGAUCAACAACAACUGGAGGUUCCACAACAACUGGAGUUUCAACAACAACUGGUGGCUCAACCACAACUGGUGGAUCCACAACAACUGAAGGCUCAACAACUGGAGUUUCAACUACAACUGGUGCCUCAACAACAACUGGUGGUUCAACAACAACUGGUGCAUCAACCACAACUGGUUCAACAACAACUGGAGUUUCAACAACAAUUGGUGGAUCAACGACAACUGGAGGUUCCACAACAACUGGAGUUUCAACAACAACUGGUGGCUCAAUGACAACUGGUGGAUCCACAACAACUGAAGGCUCAACAACUGGAGUUUCAACUACAACUGGUGCCUCAACAACAAUUGGUGGAUCAACGACAACUGGAGGUUCCACAACAACUGGAGUUUCAACAACAACUGGUGGAUCAACUACAACUGCAGCAUCAACCACAACUGGAGCAUCAACUACAACUGGUGGAUCCACAACAACUGAAGGCUCAACAACAACUGGUGCAUCAACCACAACUGAAGGUUCAACAACAACUGGUGCAUCAACUACAACUGGUUCAACAACAACUGGAGUUUCAACAACAACUGGUGGAUCAACUACAACUGGAGGUUCCACAACAACUGGAGUUUCAACAACAACUGGUGGAUCAACUACAACUGCAGCAUCAACCACAACUGGAGCAUCAACUACAACUGCAGUAUCAACUACAACCGGAGUUUCAACAACAACUGGUGCAUCAACUACAACUGGAGUUUCAACAACAACUGGUGGAUCAACUACAACUGCAGCAUCAACCACAACUGGAGCAUCAACUACAACUGCAGUAUCAACUACAACCGGAGUUUCAACAACAACUGGUGCAUCAACUACAACUGGAGUUUCAACAACAACUGGUGGAUCAACUACAACUGCAGCAUCAACUACAACCGGAGUUUCAACAACAACUGGAGCAUCAACUACAACUGGAGUUUCAACAACAACUGGUGGAUCAACUACAACUGCAGCAUCAACUACAACCGGAGUUUCAACAACUGGUGCAUCAACGACAACUGGAGGCUCAACAACAACUGGUGCAUCAACGACAACUGAAGGCUCAACAACAACAGGUGUAUCAACUACAACUGGUGGAUUAACAACAACUGGUGCAUCCACAACAACUAGAGAUUCAACAACAGGAGGCUCAACAACAACUGGUGGAUCAACAACACCAGGAAGCUCAACAACAACUGGUGCAUCAACUACAACUGGAGGUUCAACCACAACUGGUGGUUCUACAACAACUGGUGGAUCCACAACAACUGGUGCAUCAACUACAACUGGAGCUUCAACAACAACGGGUGAAUCCACAACAACUGCAAGUUCAACAACUGGUGGAUCAACAACAACUGGAAGCUCAACAACAACUGGUGGAUCCACAACAACUGGUGGCUCAACAACAACUGGUACAUCAACUACAAACGGAGGUUCAACAACAACUGGUGGUUCUACAACAACUGGUGCAUCCACAACAACUGGUGCAUCAACUACAACUGGAGCUUCAACAACAAUGGGUGGAUCCACAACAACUGCAAGUUCAACAACUGGUGGAUCAACAACAACUGGUGGAUCAACAACAACUGGAGGCUCAACAACAACUGGAGCAUCAACUACAACUGGUGGAUCCACAACAACUGGUGCCUCAGCAACAACUGGUGGUUCAACAACAACUGGGGCAUCAACUACAACUGGAGGUUCAACAACAACUGGUGGAUCCACAACAACUGGUGGAUCAACAACUGGAGGCUCAACAACAACUGGAGCAUCAACUACAACUGGAGGUUCAACAACAACAGCAGCAGCAGCAUCAACAACAACUGGUGGUUCUACAACAACUGGAGCAUCAACGACAACUGGAGGUUCAACAACAACUGGUGCAUCAACCACAACUGGAGCUUCAACAACGGGUGGAUCCACAAUAACUGAAAGUUCAACAACUGGUGGUUCAACAACAACUGGGGCAUCAACUACAACUGGAGGUUCAACAACCGGUGGAUCCACAACAACUGGUGGAUCAACAACAACUGGAGGCUCAACAACAACUGGAGCAUCAACUACAACUGGAGGUUCAACAACAACUGGGGGAUCAACAACAACUGGUGGCUCAACAACAACUGGAGCAUCAACUACAACUGGAGUUUCGACAACAACUGGUGGCUUAACAACAACUGGAGCAUCAACUACAACUGGAGUUUCGACAACAACUGGAGGUUCAACAACAACUGGUGGAUCCACAACAACUGAUGCAUCAACUACAACUGGUGCUUCAACUACAACCGGUGGAUCAACUACAACUGGAGGGUCAACAACAACUGGGGGAUCAACAACAACUGGUGGCUCAACAACAACUGGAGCAUCAACUACAACUGGAGUUUCGACAACAACUGGUGGCUCAACAACUGGAGCAUCAACUACAACUGGAGUUUCGACAACAACUGGUGGCUCAACAACAACUGGUGGCUCAACAACAACUGGAGCAUCAACUACAACUGGAGCUUCAACAACGGGUGGAUCCACAAUAACUGAAAGUUCAACAACUGGUGGUUCAACAACAACUGGGGCAUCAACUACAACUGGAGGUUCAACAACAACUGGUGGAUCCACAACAACUGGUGGAUCAACAACUGGAGGAUCCACAACAAUUGGAGGUUCAACAACAACUGGAGGUUCCACAACUACUGGUGCAUCAACUACAGUUGGUGCAUCAACUACAACUGGAGGGUCAACAACAACUGGUGCAUCAACUACAGCUGGAGGUUCAACAACAACAUCAGCAGCAACAGCAACAACAACAACCACAACUACUACUACUACUACUACUACUACUACUACUACCACUACUACAACUGCAGCUCCCCAACCAGUUGUAACUCUUGCAGCAACUUUGAAUGAACCAUUUGUACCUGAGCUCACUAAUCGAGAGAGCAUUCAAUUUAAGACUCUUGAAGCCCAAGUUGUUGUAGUGUAUGAUAUCAUCUACAGGGCAGCAUUUGGCAUUCGAUUCAUCCGCAGUCGUGUCAUAGCAUUUAGACCAGCUACAGCCAGAGCACGAGCUACUGUGAAUACUGAAGCAGAGGUGGCUGUUGAGUUCAACAACACUGUGUCACCUCAAGAAAUCCCAACUGCUGAUGUUGUUGCAAAAACAUUAGUAGAAGCUGUGUCUAACCCCAACAACACCUUCAACCUCACUGUUCAAGCUGACUCCAUCCAAGUAAUUCAAAGAAAUAUCACAUCAAAUUCAACAACACAAGCGCCUGCUUUGAAUACUACAGCUACAAGUGCUGCAAAUACAACUACAGCUACAACUACAGCUGCAACUACAACUACAACUAAAACUACAACUACAACUACAACUACAACAGCUGCACCUACGACUACAACAAUUGCUACAACUUCUGAGGCAAUCACAACAAAGCAGAUAACUUUCAGAUCUGUUGGAGAGACAUUUACAAUAGACUUGCAGAAUUCAUCAUCUGCAGCGUUUGUAAAUCGAGCCUCCCUAAUUACAUCAACGCUUGAACCUUUCUACAAACAAGCAUUUCCUUCAUUCCGCUUCUUGAAUGUGAUUUCAUUCAGUAAUGGAUCAAUCAUCAACAAUAUGAAUGCUGGCUUUGCAUCUACAUCUGUUCCUAAUAACACUGAGAUUGCAAAUGUAUUGAUGAAUGCAGCUUCAAAUAUCACAGCCUUCAACAUUGAAACCACCUCCAUCUCUGUGAAUGGCACACAAGUGUCAAGUGGAACAAGCCACAAGAUCAGCCUCAUCACUGCAUCCUGCCUGGUGCUGAUUUCAUGGCUGCUGUCAAAUCAGCAAUAGUGUCAGUGCUAACGUCCAGAAUAAACUCCAUCAGAAAAAUGACUACUGUCACUGGUAUGAAAAAGGACAUUGUUCUCAUCAAAAGUCCAAGACUUCUCAGGAUCACAAAUGUUAUUUGCGUACAAAUGCAAUAUGAACAUAUUGUGCUAUAAUGAUAUCAUUUGGAACCACUAUCCUUUAAAGUGAACAUAAAGAUAAGUCCUUUGAAAUGGAUAUUACCCAAAAUUAUUAAUAUUUGAUUAUGUUUUCUCCAUAUAGCAAAUGUCCAGUGAAUAAAGAAAGAAUUUUAUUCAAGAAAAACAUUAAGCCAAUAUUAUGCUCUUACCCUCAGGCCGUAAGAUUUAUGUUCAAUAUCAUGGCAUUUAUGAAAUAUAUAAUAUAUUACAGAUAUACAGACAGAUAUUAUAUAUUCUGAACUAUGUCCUGUAUGAUUAUCCAGUCAAUUUUCUUAUUUAUACUGUAUAUGGUACUGUAUUUAUGUUAUCAUACAUAUGUGUAUUCUGUGAACUUAACUCUAUUUUUGUCAAACUUUAGUAAAAACUACUCAGUCUUCAAGAUGAUCAGGAUACAAAAAUUAAGAAAAAAUGUCUUAACCAUUGAAAGUGGAUAUAAAAACAUGUAUUACUGUAUAACGAACAUGUUUCCAUUAAAACCUGCAGAUACA